AUGGGGAAGGUUGAGAUCACAUCCAGAGAGUCCAUCAAACCAUCCUCCCCAACUCCCCAAACCCUCCGAAACUUCAAGCUCUCCCUACUAGAUGCACCCAACAGAGAUAGCAAAAUCAAAACUAUUGACACAACCAAUCUACUAAAGAAAUCUCUUUCUGAAACCUUAACUCGCUUCUACCCAGUAGCGGGAAGGAUCAAAGAUAACCUAUUGAUUGGGUGUAGCGACGAGGGGGCUGACUUUUUAGAAGCCAAAGUCAAUUGUCCACUCUCAGAAGUUCUCAAACAACCUGAAGCAGAUGUGCUGAACCAUUUCCUUCCUCAGGACUACCAUUGCUGUAAAUCACACAUGGAAGUCCUACUAGCCACUCAAGUCAAUAUCUUUAGCUGUGGGGGAAUGGCAAUUGGUGUGUGCAUGUCUCACAAAAUUUUUGAUGGAAGCACAAUUGGUCAAUUUAUCAAUGGUUGGGCUGCUAUGUCUCGUGGGCUAGGUGAAACCCCUCAACUUACAAAAUCCAAAUGCAUCACCAAAAGAUUUGUGUUUGAUGCGUCAAACAUAGCUUUGCUAAGGGAGAAAGUAGCCAAGCAUUCAUGUGUUGAUCGUCCAACCCGUUUGGAGGUAACAUCGGCGCUAAUUUGGAAGUGCGCCAUGGAAGUGCAGAGAGCAAAGUCAGGGUCUUUUAGGCCAAGUUUUGCAUCACAAACUGUGAAUUUACACCCAAGGAUGGUUCCACCUAUGCCAGAACAGUCUGCUGGAAAUCUUUGGUGGGCAAUUUCAAUAAGCUGUGCUGGUCUGGAUAUUAAAAAUUUAUUUAUUUUGAUGGAUACACCACAGAGAGAUGGAAUUGAAGCUUGGGUGACAUUGGAUGAGCAAGACAUGUCCAUUUUUGAGUGUGACCAUGAACUCCUCACAUAUGUUUCUUCUCAAUCAUGA